UUAUAAAAAUGUAAUUAUAAAUUUCCUUUUUUCCUAUUCUCCAUUUUCAACUUUUUUAUUUUAUAUUUUUGAAAAUUUUAUUUUGUUAUUUACUACUUUGCUUUCCCCUUUUGCUUUCUCAAGUGGUUUGUGUUUCAGACAGCUCUGGCCUGGAACCACUGGCCGGUCGUUACUUUCCGGCGGCUGUUAUUUUCUCAGGAAACAAACAGAUAUUUUUUAAUUUUUUUUUUCUUUUUAAUUUUUUUGUUCUUCAGAAAUCUAGCGAUUGUUUCUUCUUCCUUGUAUCUCGGAAGAAGCUUUGCUUCCGAAAGCGAGGUAAAAUCCUGACAGAAAACGAAGUCGUUUUGGCUUUUGGGGCAGUGCAGCACUGUGAAAGGAAGUUAUUUCUGUCAUAGGAAUGAGCAUCUAAAUCCUGUAACCAAAAAAAGAAAAAGAAAAAGAAAAAGAAAAAACCCUCAAAAGAUUCGAAGUUCAAAGCGAUGGAAGAGAGAGAAGCUAUAAAUGCAGGAGUAACAGUGAUAGGAGCCGAAGCUCCGUCGGCUUAUCAUGUGGCUCCGAGAACCGAUAACCCGCCGCCGGCAGGCGGCGGCGGUUCACCAACGGUCGCCGCCUCGCCAGUAAGCGUGGGGCUACCCGGAAGUGGAACCACAGGGAAAAAGAAGCGGGGUAGACCUAGAAAAUACGGUCCAGAUGGAACGGUAACGAUGGCAUUGUCGCCAUUGCCGCUUUCUUCCUCGGCUCCGGCAGCCGGUGGCUUCUCCAUUACUAAGCGGGGGAAGGGCCGGCUCGGUGGCUCGGAAUUCAAGCAUCACAAGAAAAUGGGAAUGGAAUAUAUAGGAGAAUGGAAUGCGUGUUCAGUCGGGACAAAUUUCAUGCCUCAUAUCAUCACGGUCAAUGCUGGCGAGGACGUCACUAUGAAGAUCAUAUCAUUUUCCCAACAAGGUCCUCGAGCAAUCUGUAUUCUUUCUGCCAACGGAGUAAUUUCUAAUGUUACUCUUCGGCAGCCCGAUUCUUCGGGUGGUACUUUAACAUAUGAGGGUCGUUUCGAGAUACUUUCUUUGUCUGGAUCAUUCAUGCCCACUGAAAAUCAAGGAACAAGAAGCAGGUCGGGUGGGAUGAGCGUCUCCUUGGCAAGCCCCGACGGUCGUGUUGUUGGGGGAGGGGUAGCUGGUUUACUCAUAGCUGCAAGCCCAGUUCAGGUUGUAGUAGGGAGUUUCCUACCAACUAGCCAACAGGAGCAGAAGGUAAAGAAGCAGAAGCCACCUGAGUCAGUACCAACUGCAGCCCCUGGUUCAGUCCCGAGCACGGCACCAGCCACCGCUAUGCCUGCUUCCAAUGCUGACACAGAGGACAAUUUAAAUGGGAAUGGUGUGCAAAAUCCCGGGUCAUUGAAACCAGCUGGUUUUGCUCCUUCGCCUUUCCAAAGAGAUAAUUGGGGUACCAACGCUGCUGUGCAUUCCUUGCAGGAGCCGAGAAAUUCCGCUACCGACAUCAAUAUAUCGCUGCCAGGCUAAUCUAAUUAGUUGCUUAGAAAAAAAAAAGAAAAAAAGAAAGAAAAAGAAACAGCAUCAGAUAAUCUCCCUGCUGACCACAUUGAUCUUAUAUGAUCUAGGCUUUCUGAUUGUUCUUACCAACAUUACCAUAUGAGAUUUGACUAUUAUCCACCACCACAGUGAGAAUUAGGAAAGUUUUAUUACCAACUUUCGAUUGUUAGAUUCACACAUUUUUCUUAAUCAUGAUUAAUUAGGACAUGUCUGAUUUAGUUUGGUUUCUCUUCUGUACCUGUUAUUAGGAUGUUGGAUGUAAUGAAUGAAAGACCUCUGUUUUUUUCUUCCCA